AUGUCUCGAUCCGACGACGGCGAGGAGACCCUCGCCGCGUUGAUACAAGCCUCCAGGACCCCUGAGGGCCGGGAGGGCCUCUCCGACGUGCUCGCCGACACCCUCUUCCUCCUCCUGGCCUCCCCGUCGCGCCUCCUGCUCCUGCGCCUCCGCCUCCUCCGCAACCUCCUCGCGGGCCACGAGCUCAACCAGUACGCCUUCAUCGAGCGCUGCGGCCCCGCCGCCGUCGCCGCCUCCGUGCUCUCCUUCCCCUCGCUCGCCCCCGACGUGGCGCGCGCCGCGCUCCAGGCGCUCGGGAACGCCGCGCUCGCCGGGGAGUUCCACCGCGACGCCGUCUGGGAGGCGCUCUUCCCCGAGGCGCUGCGGGAGUUCGCGGGGCUCAGGGACCAGGGAGUCCUGGAUCCCCUGUGCAUGGUCCUCGACACGUGCUGCGGCGGGGAAGGCGGUCGCGGGAGGCUCGAGGAGCUGUGCCACCAGGAGCUGGGCCUUCCCAUCCUCGUCCAAGUUGUCACUACGGCCUCGCAAGUGGGGCACAAGGAAGAGUGGUUAGAGUGGCUUCUGUUCAAAGUCUCUGUUGAGGAGCAGAAGUUUGAGAGCUUGUUCUAUACCUUAUGCUCCACUAAUGAUGUUGAGCGCACAGACAGUGACGAGUAUAUUGCUAAGCAUGUUUUUCUUCUGGGUAUGCUGGCAAGGUGUUUGAACAGCCAUCCCAAAGAAGUUACUGUCUCGGACAGUUUUGCACAUGAUGUUUUCAAUCUACACAAGCAUGCUGCCGAAACUGUGAAUUUUGUUCACCGAGGUACCUCCCCUCUUCCAACUGGGAAUCCUGCAAUCGAUGUCCUUGGAUAUACACUGCAGCUCCUGAGGGACAUCUGUGCCUGGGAAUCCACCUCAUCAGAUACUCAACGCCCUGUUGACUCACUAUUACAGACUGGCUUUGUAAAGCGCCUUCUGAGAUACCUAGGUGAGCUUGAGCCACCAAGUACAAUCAGAAAAUCAAUGGCAGGAGGACAAGGAGAUAACCAUCCAGCUCUUGAAAAUGCAAAGGUCUGCCCAUACAUUGGUUACAGGAGAGAUUUGGUUGCGGUCAUUGCUAAUUGCUUACAUGGAAGGAAGAAGGUGCAGGAUGAGAUUAGGCAGUUAGGUGGGAUCAUGUUGCUGCUGCAGCAGUGUGUCAUCGAUGAAGAUAAUCCAUACUUGAGGGAGUGGGGUCUGCUGGCUGUUAAGAACUUGCUUGAAGAAAAUGAAGAAAAUCAGAAGGAGGUUUCUGAACUUGAGAUGCAAGAACCUGUUAUAACUCCAGAGAUUGCUAACAUAGGUCUCAAGGUGGAGAUAGACAAGGAAACAGGUCGUCCAAAACUGGUCAAUACUUCUGAUACUUGA